ACUCCGGGAGAACUACGAUCCAACGUAAGUCAAGUCUCAACAUAUCACCGACAGACGAAACGGUAUUAUCACUGCACUGUUCGCUAUUUAGUCAAUAAAUCUGAGUGAACACCCCCUGGAAUGAUAAAUAAAUGGUAUUGCCCAAAUUGAAUGAUGGACCAGUCCAUUUUAGAAAUUCAGCAGGCUAAAGAUUAAAGGACUUCCAUCUGCUUUCGUCAAAGUGCGUCGUUGUCAUGUCUUAUAACUUAUCGCCCACCAUCCUAAAAUAUGAACUUACACAUUAAUUCAUCUUACAUACAGGUGAAAGGUAAUUUAAUUUAAAUUCAUAGGACCGUCUAUAUUUGCUCAUAUAUACUAACCAUUUGGGACAACCUGCCAGGUGGGGUCGAUAUAACAUGUUUAUCAUUUAAUAUGUUUGAACAAAUUACAUAUGACAAUAUUGAUAUUUUAUUUAGUGACAGAUCAUUGCCAAAACGACAGAUGUGCUCACUAGCAUCAGUAAUGAAAUAGUGUGUUUAUAUUUACCUGGACAACUGACACUUUUUCUUAAAUGAAUAGUACUUUUCUUCUUUUUUUUCGUCUGCUUCGUCUGAGUAAUAUCAUUAAUAUAUGGGGUACUGUAACUGAGAUUCAUUAAGUUUCUGCUGACAUCCAGAUGGCAUCUAAACGGAACAAGAUCUUGCUCGGUGCAGCUGGCACUGUAGGAGCUGGAAUUAUAUCAUGGCGAGCUUUAUUCCCGUGGAUAGGCCACGAUCUGACCAUGAGGAAGCAUGGAGGAAAGGUUCGCAAAGUGGGUCAGAAAGAUAUUGAAGAAGGACGCUACCUUAUAAACAUGUUUGAAGAAGCAGUUGCAAAGUAUCCCAAGAAACCAUUUGUAAUCUUCGAGGACAGAGUGUAUAGUUAUGAGUUUAUGAAUGACCAGGCAAACAGAGUGGCAAAUAUAGCAGCAAAAUGGGGGCUGAAACUUGGGGAAUGUGUUGCUAUAAUGAUAGAAAAUGAACCGUCUUUCAUCUGGACAUUUCUUGGUCUACAGAAACUGGGUAUAGCUGUUGCAUUCAUUAACUACAACAUUAACGGUCAGCCAUUGGUACAUACAAUACGGGCAUGUGAGGCAAAGGUUCUCAUUGUUGGCUCUGGUAAUAUCCUGUUUCAGAUUUGCAGUACAUUUUAAUAGCUUUUAUGGAGU